AGUGAUUUCGCCGACGCGCUCGGUCCCUCUCUCCCACCUCCACGUCCAAGCGUGAGAUUGUGUGGGGGGCGGCUGCUGCACUAGCGAUGCGAAUAAGAAGAGAAAAGAGCGCUUUGAAGAACAAGACUUCUGUACAACCAUCAGCAUGCCAGAGUCCACAAAGAACAAUCUUACGCUUCGCAUCUUGCGGGCAGCCAGCAACGGAGGCUACGGCAUCCUCGCCCAGAGCUGCUAUGACACACAGAGCGUCCUGGGUCUCAUCGAGGCGGCUGAGGAGGCGAAGUCGCCUGCCAUCGCCCAGCUCUUCCCCGUGACAAUGCAGCAGUUUGGAAUCCACUUUACAAGCUUUGUCAUCCAGGCUUGCCAUGCAGCAAAGGUGCCCAUCGCUGUCCAUGUCGACCAUGCGGGCACGGACGAGGACAUUGAUCGGGUGCUCGACUGGGCGGAGCAGGGUGUUGCCGUCGACUCGAUCAUGAUCGACUGCUCCCACCACGACAGCGACGAAGACAACAUCGCCAUGGCCAAGCCCUACUGCCAACGCGCCACCAAGCUGGGCAUGGCUGUCGAGGUUGAGCUGGGGCGCUUGGCGGGCGGCGAAGAGGGCGUCCGUGUCAUCGAAGAAGGCGCCCUCACCAAGCCUGAGAAAGCCGAACGCUUCUUGACUGAGCUUGACGUCGACCUCCUUGCACCAAGCAUCGGCAACAUCCACGGGCGCUACGUGUCCCCGCCAAGCUUCCGUCUGGACCUGUUGGACAAGCUCCAGAGCACAGUCGGCCCCGGGACAGCCAGCAACGCCCUGAUCGUCCUCCACGGCACCGACGACCUCAAGGACGAGCUGUUCCGUGACUGCGUCGCACGGGGCUGCGUCAAGAUCAACGUCAACAGCUGGGCCAGGAACCCGCAGGUGGAAUAUCUCCGCGACCACUUGGGAAAGGAUGGGCUGCCAGAGGUGUACGACGGAGCCAAGGCAGAGUUUGCGCGGGCCUGCUCCCGCUUCUUUACUCUUUUCGGGAGUGUUAACAAAAGCAAUCUGGAGGUGUAGACCGAUUACAUAGCUAGCUGGCCGUUGAGAAUGCAAGUUAAACCACAGGGCCACUGCCACGCGUCUAUUCUCAUGCUGAAGAAGGGAGUCAGACCAAGUGAGGCAGGUGGCGCCAUGUCAGUCAAUGAGCCAUCCAAGCUGGACAAGUGCAAUACAAAACAAGCAUGCUGCGA